CUUUACGCUAAGAGGCAGCCCGAACACUCCAGCGUCGUCGCCUGCAUGGCCCUUGGGCGAAAUUCCGACGGCCUUGAACAUGCACGGCGCCUGCAAAGCUGACCCGCGCUUGGGGACGUCGCCUCGAUAGGAGUGCACUGCCAGCCAUAUGCCGUUUAGCACAAGAGCGAAUAGACCAGCCAAUUCACACUGGCGCAGAAGCGAAAUCGCACGCAGGAGGAAAUCGGGCCUGACUGACUGUGCGCUAAACGAAUGAAAAAGGGGGACAGGGGAGGGCGAAAGAAUGUUGAGCCGUCGGGCCUUCGGGGAAUCUGCCCAGACAGCUUUCAGCAAUUGCCACAACAUGUUUGCCAGCGUGGGCCCUGAACAGUGAUUGAUCGCGCCGUCGAUUGGCCACAAGCCACGCGGCUGGGACAAACGGUUACCAUGCAGGUGCAUCCGGAAAUAUGUACACGCAAGCUGAUUUAUGUGCGUGAAGGAUAAACAUUUGAACACGCGUGUGGCAACUGCGCAUCGGCGCGGCGGCGAGGCAGAGGAGGAGGAGGAGGAGGAGGAGGAGGAGGAGGAGGAGGAGGAGGAGGAGGGGGAGGAGGAGGAGGAGGAGGAGGAGGGGCCGAAACAACGACGCGCCGACGUGGCGAACCUCGGCAGGCGGCAACGGGGCGGCCACGGGCGGCCACUCGGAGAGUCCUCGGCGUGCCCGCUCGGCGCACGAGGCGGGAGCGACGCGGCAGCCAGGCGGCAGCCAGGCGGCAGCGUGGCGACUCCUCGGCAAUAGGCACACAAAAGCACGGGGCGGCAACGCGGCGAGUCCUCGGCAGCACGCACGGAGCGCGCGAGGCGGCAACUGCGCGGCAACCGGGCGGCAACGCGGCGGAUCCUCGGCAGAAGUGCCCACGCAGGCAGCAAGGGGUGGCAGCGAGCAGCAGCUUGGCGAGUCCUCGGCAUGCCCCCACAGCCGCCGGGCCACUGGGCGACUCUAGACAGAUGCAGUCGUCGGGCGGCUGGGCGACUCGGCCCCCUCAGGCAGGGCACAGCCGAGCUCCGACAAGCUAUGCCAUCAAACGUCGCGCUGGCCCGUGAAGGCGAGCGCCAAGAAAACUACCUAACUACCUACGCGCGCCCUCUCCUCC